UUUCAACAGAAUUCAGUGUAUAUCACCAUUCUUUGAAAAAAAAUCACAAAUGAAAUUAGAGGAUUCUGCAAUAUGCAAUAUGAUUUCGCGAUCAAUAGCUCACUUCUCGAGUUGACUGAAGCUCAUUCGGACAAAAUGCCAUCUACGGAAUCCUCGGCGAGAUAGAUCUCGUGUCUAAUCUACCAAUCGUAAUAUAUGGACUAGCUCCGGAACAUCCAUGGAUUUUCUGGAGAGCCGUGAUGCUGCGCUACGUAAAGCCAGAAGUGAGCAGCAUCUCCUGCACCAGCAGCAACUCCUGAUACAGAGACUCAACAACCUGCAGAAGGAAAAUGACCAGUUGCGCCGUGACCUGACUGGAAACCCUGGUGGCUGCAGUGACCUUGACUACAAGAGAUAUGAGCUCCAACAAGUGUUGGACAUGUACAGACUCACUGGUAUAAGUCUGCUGCCGUCCUCACACUGUGACUCUACAUCGUUCACAGUCAGGUUUGAUCCCCUCUUUGGCGACCAGCUGCCAUCUGCAGCCUUCUACACACUGCAGGUAACCAAGAAGGGAGACAACUACCAGACCGGCCAGCACAGCUUACCUCCCUUUGUACCACUUGACAACUUGGUAAAGGAUUAUUUAGAUGCAGGGGAACUGUCGACCUUUCUAGAGCAGAUUUCCAACCACCUGUAUUCCUAUGUACAGAGGAGAGAAGCCUGUGCACUAAUUAAAAAAGAGUUUAAACUCAUGCUGGGAGACAGUCUGGAGGUGGACUUACCAGUGACGUUUGUCCGUAUGUCUCUCACGGUAUCCGAGAGUGUACCGCCUCUGGAGGUUACGCUGCAGUAUAAAACUAGUGAUGUAUAUCCUCACAAAGUGUACGUCCGUUUUAGUACGUCAGAGGACACAGAAUACGCUAUUCCAAGAAAGAAGUUGGAGAAGUUAUGCUCAAGGGCAGAGACCAUUCUCCUACAGAACCUUAUAUACCCCUCGAUGAAAGCAAUCGUAAAGAUGUUACAAGUGCUCCACAAACACCACAGCAGCCAAAAAGAAUAGUAGUGCACUAGCUUGGCUGUUUUUUUUAUUCUUUAGCAAGGGCCUUAUAUAGGCCCCUUCCCCCAAGAGAAAGGCCCCUUGAAGGGCCUUUUCCCGAGAGAAUUUCAUUUAAAUGAUGCAAAUUUUCCUAAAUUUCAAGCUUACUUUGGGAAAUGUCUUCCCCUUUUCAGUUUUGUUCGGUAAAAAAAUCGCCAAAAACGAAGGCCAGGCCCUUUUCCCAAAGUCAAGAAAAAAGCCCUGGUACUAGGUUAUCAUCAAAGACAAACAUUUCCUGGUUAUUAUCCCCCGCCAUAGGUGGAGGGAUAUUGUUUUGGCGGUGUCCGUCAAACCGUCUUUCCGUCCAUCCGGAGCAAUAUCUUGGAAGUGCUUUGGCGGAUUUCAUUGAAACUUGGUAUGAGUAUAUAUAUAGAUAAUAGGAUGAUGCCAUUGUACACCAUCUGAUAAUAACAGAGUUAUGGCCCUUUGUAUCUUGAACAAAUGCUUUUUGUGUGUCCAGAGCCAUAUCUUGGAAGUGCUUUGGCGGAUUUCAUUGAAACUUGGUAUGAAUGUGCGGUAGCAUAUUGGCGGGGGAUAUCAAUUCAAUGAAUUUGCUUGUUAUUUAUUACAUUGGGUCAUGUAGUGAUUUUAAAUUCAACUUGCCCACUGAAGGUGAUGACUAAAUUUUGCUACUGACCAAAAAGAUACCUGAAAUGUUGAAUGAUUGAUGUACAAGUUGUUAAGGCCUUCAUGUUUUGCCUUACUGAAACAUAAUUGUGUGUAAGAAGCUUGUGCAUCUUUAAUAGAAGAAUAUAUUUUUAUACUAGUAAAUGUGGGACAAAAUCACAGUUGGGCAACAAAGUUUGCCUAUGAGAAUUUUGUAUUUAGCUGUAAAUUAUUGUAAUUUUAUAUUACACAUAUACAUCUAAGAAAUCUUAAUGUUUUUACAUUAAAAAUAAAAUUUCAUAUUUGAUUGUUGAAUUGUAUAAAGCGAUUGUUGAAUUGUAUAAAGCCUAUCUAUGUUAUACAUUAUUUUUAUCAAAUAAUUUAUUGGAAGAAUUGUAUUCAAUAUCAUAUUGUAAUUAUUUUAUCAGUAUGUCUUUGAUAUAUGAAUUUUGUAUGCCCCCAAAAGAGGGCAUAUAGUGAUAGGACCGUCUGUCUGUCUUUCCGUCACACUUUGCAUUUAGGUUUCGCAUUUAGAUUUCGAAAAAAUGCUCAUAACUUCUAUGUCGCUUCAGAUAGCAACUUGAUAUUUGGCAUGCAUGGAGCUGCACAUUUUGAGUGAUGAAAGGUCAAUGUCAUCCUUCAAGGUCAAAUAUAUGGCUUCAAAGCGGCGCAUAAGGGGGCAUUGCGUUUUUGACAAACACAUCUCUUGUUGUUUGAAUGUUCUUCCAUUCUAAAAUAUGUAUUUAAAAAAAUGCUGGUUUUGUAGUUUAAACACUGAUAAUUUUCAUGUUAAAUUUACUGUUAACUGAUAAAAUGUUUGAUUUUUAUAACAUUGUGCCUGAUAAUUAUGUCAAUAAAUUGCUUCUAUAAA